CGCUUGUUUUUUUUGCAGAAGACAACUUCACGCCAUGGCUACCAGCGACGUCAAUGAACCCAGCGCUUCGCUGAGGAUUGAUCACCUGCCCGAGACGGCCACGGAGAGCCAGCUUGCUGAGCUCUUUGGUGCCAUCGGUGACUUCAAGAGCAUCCACAUCAUCCGUGACUCCAUUUCGAACAAGCCGUUGGGUCACGGUUACGUCAAUUUCGAAGAUGUUGAUUCAGCCAUUGAAGCGAUCAAGGUGCUGGAUGGCAUGGAUCUCACUGGUGGGAACGAUGACAAGGGAAUCUCCCUCUCCUUCACCCCCUCCCAGCCCGCCUCGUCUGCUGCCAGCUCCGGCACUCUUUUUGUCAAGAACCUGGCCGAAGACGUGGACAAUAAGACCAUCUUUGAUACUUUUGCCAGCAUUGGUGCACCAUCCUCGGCCAAGGUGAUGACGACUGCCGAGGGCAAGAGCCGUGGCUUUGCAAUCGUGCACUACGAUGACCCGCAGUUGGCGCAGCGUGCUCUCGACGAACUAGAAGGUGUCGUCGUCAACGGCAAGAACAUUCGAUUGGAGCGUUAUCAAACGGGUGCACAGCUCAAGGAGGAGUCGCGCAAGCGCACCGUGUAUCUGGCCGGUCUGCCCCACGAAGUGACAGACAAGCAGCUCAUUGAUCUACUCUCACCUUUUGGCUCCGUCAUCUCCGUCAAGUUGUACCCCAAGGACAAGGAUCGCAACCCUGUCGCUUUUGUGACCAUGGAAGAUGAGCAGGCCGUUCUGCGUGCCGUCGAGAAGCUCAACGGCGGCUCUUUCGAGCGCCAGCGUAUCACCGUUGCCCAGCUCCAAGCUCGCAACCCUGCAACCCAAUCCAGCGGUCCCACCUCAGCACGCCAAGUCGAAGAGACCAAGGAUGCCACGCUGUAUGUGCGCAACAUCUAUGAAGAUGUUCAGGACAGCGACCUUUCAGAGGCAUUUGGCGUGUUUGGCCCGGUUUCGCGCGUCACAAUUCCUCGCUCUGCCAACGGUGACACGCGUGGCUUUGCCUUUGUGGUAUUUGAAAACCCUGAGGACCGUGCGCAUGCCUUGGCCGCUGGCAACAUGCUCGAGGUGGGCGGUGGCAAGGUGCAGUAUUCGGCCUACCGCACAAAGGAGGAGCUUCAGAAUAUGUCUUCCUUUGGCAUGCGUCCCAACGCCGGCGCUCCAGCCGCCAACCCGCAGUGUCCUCCCCGACAAGUGGGCCCAACUCUCCCAUGCACGGUGUACCUGUGCAUAUGCUGCCCUCGGGGCAGAUGCAGCAAGGACAUGGCCAACAGCACGGCCAACAGCACGGCCACGGCCAUGGCCACCACCGCCAGCAUCACCGGCAGGGUCACCACCAGCAAGGAAAUCAUCAUCAUCGCCAUCAUUCGCGGCACCACCAGAACCAAGGGCAACAGCAGCAGCAACAACAGCAGCAGCAGCAGCAGCAGCAGCAAGCUACGGAGCAGGCUGGUUCGAAGAAAGACGGCAAGACAGCGGCUUGAGUGUUUGACGUUGAAGAGCGUGCGCAAUUCGAAUGCGCACGCCUCCAAAAGCAGUUCAGGCUUGGAUUAAGCCACCUUCACUAAGUGGCCCCAGCUCUAAGCAUGUGUAGGAAGAGAAGGGGUGAGCGGACAAAUGCAUAGCACUCUCUGCCUCGCGUAUCAAGGACAGGUCAGAGGAAUGCAAGGUGUUUUCGCUCUCUGAGUGACUCGCAAUCAAACUUUGGGAUUGAUGACUGCUACUUCAAAGCUCAAUUCAAAAAACAAAAAC